AUCACAGUGGCAGCUGGUAGGAAUACUGCAGUUGAAGGAGACUGGUGGAAUAUAUUGCAUUUUGGGUGGUUUCUGUGAUUAAUGGCUGAGGGAUCUACAGGAGAACCAACUAAAUGGACCACUACUGUGAUAGUGAGCAGGACUCUUCAGGGUCAUGAAGUGGCUGCUUCCUUGCAGAGAGAACAUCACAAAGUGCGCUUUUCACAAUCUGUGGAAACUGGAUCCAUCAUUUUUCCACUUUCUGGCAUUGCUUUCUUACUGGCAACUACUCAGGAGCUUUUCGCAACAUCACAUGAAACAAUGUUUCCCUGGAUAGAGAAUUUCAUAUCUAUCCAUCGAAAUUGCUUUUUGGUCUUAACGGCUGCACUCCAUGGAUCCAGUGAGUGGGAUUUAAUGUUCACUAUUCAGCAGAGGUUCCUUGGGAGUAAUCUACGAAUAAUUCCUGCUCAUAAUAAUGCUGAAAUUGUAAAGAUCAUGUUAAUUAUAGCGAAGGCCACUAGCAAACCUCAUCUAGAAACAAUAAUCGACAGACUACUAAAGGCACAAUCACAAAUUAUUGAACGUAGUCCAGUUUGGCAACUACUUGACAGUAUUUGAUUCUGUUUUGUCAGUUUUACAAAGGAUCUAAUACACUUUGUUCUGUUAUGACUCUCAGAAAUGUUGGAAAUAGAUUUUAAAUCAAAACUACCACUACUGAAAACCAAAAUGCACUAGUGAAACCUUCCUGUUAAAAGGCGAUAUUCGGUUAUUUUUACAGGAUGUUAAAUUGGUUAAUUACACAGUAAACUAGACAGGCUUUUUCAGGUGCUGGUAAAGUAUUAUACAUAACUUUCUUGUGUCUUUUUUUUUUUUUUGCACAUUUUUGUUGGAAACUGAUGUUGAUUUGUGUAAUAAUGCAAAUUUUGCUGAAGCUUUCAGCACUAGUGGAAAUAACAAUUACACUCUGCAUAAGUUAAUAUUGAUUUUUUCAUUUAGAGGUCUAAUCUAAAUGUGGUAUG